AUACAAACAUGGAAAGGCUUCAAUGUACACUGACUGUAGAAGAGCUUUCAAAAUCUGGAGAUGUGCAGAAAUCCAGCGUUCACAAAAACAUUUUCAUCUCAGUGGGACGCAAUGAAUUCAGAGAUGUUGUACUUAAGGUGGAACUUCAGAGGAAAGAUUUAAAGUUUUCACUCAGAGAAUUAAGAAUUCACAAAAAGUUUGCAAAAGAUGGAAAAUCAACAAUCAGAAUCCCCGAUAAAAACAUGAACUUGUUAAUUAGUAAUUGUCCACCAGAUAAGUUGAUAUAUUUCCUAAAGUUGCUAAGUACCAAGUUUGAAUGUGGACGGCUGAAAGGUUUUAUUUCUGAGAGAAAGAAACUUCUGUCUGAUGUGCCAAAGGCAUUCGAAGAAAUCAGCCCACUUACCGUCAAGGACUUAAAAACUGUCCAUGAGGCCAGAGCUAAAGAAUUAGAAUCAAAACCUGACAUUUUUACACCAAAAGGCAAAAGUGUUGGGAAAAGGAAAAGAUCAUUGGAGGAUGACAAAGAAAACAGACCUGUCCAGAAAAGUAAGCUCAUGUGCAGCAGUCUAAAUCCGUCAGCCAUUGCAGUGCCUGUCAAACUCAGUAAAGAACAAAAUACAAUACUGGAUGCUGUACUCCAAGGAAAGAAUGUGUUUUUCACUGGAAGUGCAGGGACAGGGAAGUCUUUCCUGAUGAGGAGAAUAAUUGGUUCUCUCCCACCCCAGCACACAUUCGCCACGGCCAGCACUGGAGUGGCUGCUUGUCACAUCGGGGGAACCACAUUACACGCCUUCGCAGGCAUUGGUUCUGGCUCGGCCCCUCUAGAGCAGUGUGUACAGUUAGCCUCGAGACCACAGAUUGCUCAGCAGUGGAGGAAGUGUCACCAUCUUGUUAUUGACGAAAUCUCAAUGGUGGAUGGAUCAUUGUUUGAUAAACUCGAGACAAUCGCUCGAGUGGUCAGGAAGAAUGAUAAUCCUUUUGGGGGAAUUCAGCUGAUUAUCUGUGGGGACUUUCUACAGCUGCCUCCUGUCACCAAGGGAACAGACAAAAAGACAUUUUGCUUUCAGGCAAAAUCCUGGUCUAAGUGCAUUCAGGUCAACAUGGAACUGAAGGAAGUGCGUCGUCAGAAUGAUUUGUCUUUCAUCAACAUUCUACAGAAUGUCCGCCUUGGAAAGUGUAGUGAGGAAACUUACCAAGUACUGAGAGAGACCGCACAAAACAACAUUCAAAAGAAUGGUAUCCUAGCAACCAGACUGUGUACCCAUAAAGAAGAUGUCAACAAAAUCAACCUGUACCAUCUGGGUAAACUACAGGGUGACGAGAAGACAUUUGUAGCUCUGGAUGGAGAUGAAGUUUAUCAAAAUCAGCUUGAAGUUCUCUCUCCUGUCCCAAAGAAACUCAUCCUUAAAGUUGGUGCUCAGGUGAUGUUGGCCAAAAAUCUGGAGGUUCAGAGGGGACUGGUGAAUGGAGCUCGGGGGGUCGUUGUUGGAUUUGAUAAAAAGAACCAAGAUUAUCCUGUGGUGAAGUUUGUUUCUGGAGAAGAGGAAGUGAUAUGGCCAGUAAGAUGGACGUUCAAGUUGUCUGGAACAGUUUACAUCAACAGAAAACAGCUUCCUCUCAAGUUGGCAUGGGCCAUAUCCAUACACAAGUCACAGGGGAUGACACUGGAUUGUGUGGAGAUGUCUCUGUCUAAAGUGUUUGAGGCUGGACAGACGUACGUAGCCCUGUCCCGCGCCAAGAGUCUGCAGGGAUUGAGGAUACUGGACUUCGACCGAUCCUGUGUCCAUGCUAAUUCAGAUGUCCUCAGGUUCUAUCACAAACUGGAACUGACCCGGAAAAUGAUGCAGACAACUAUAGGUGACUGUUGUUGAACUCAAGUGAUACAGAC